UUAAGUAACCCCACAUUCGCGUUUACCCGCGACGCGUCUGCUAAAAUCUGUACCAAUUUACGCGACUUUUCUCCCUUACUAGGCAAUUGCCAAACUAUCACUAUCCUCGACAUCUGAAUGUUUAAUCCGUUUGGUCUUAACUUGCGCAAUAUUUAAGAAAUGCCUUAAGCUGAUCUGUAAUAUUCAAGAAUCUACCUAAUAAGAAAAAGUUAUAUACUAGGUAGCCAUCGAUAUGGAGCGACCAACCAUUAAAGCCCACGAUACAGAAAGGAGUAAAGACAAGCCACCUCGACGACCACUACGAACAUAUAGCAAGCGCCCUUUGUCAAAUGAUGGAAAAGAGCCCGUAUCGAAAAAACGGCGUGUCGAAGCUGAGGAACAAAUCGUAGAAUGCCAGGUUGAAACAACACAACCCACACGCCCUCCUUAUGUUCGUCAACCCAUUCCGGCCAUACCCCCAGCAACGAAUGGCUCAAUCCUGAGUUAUUUCAAAAUUAUGCCAUCCGCACGAAACCAUGCGUUAUCUUCGACCGAGCCUUCACCUGAACCUUCGUCCGAACUGGCAGAACCUACAAGCACCCCGCCGUCGUCUCCUCCUAUGCCAAAUAUUCAACUAAGGAAACGACGAAGACUUACCACUCGCGUGCCCUCUCGAGCUACAUCCGAAGACUUGAAAUGCCCAACAGAACCAACGAGAACGGACGAAGAAAUCACAGAGUCGCAUUUUAUUGGCGACCAUCAUAUACCGGUGAAAGAAAAAAAGGAUACGCUAUCCGAUGUCAGCGCGGACACGCUCAAUCAGAAAAUACCACUGAUAAACAGAUCGGAAGCUGGAAGACGAGCACGGGCCUCCAAAUCAGCCACGGUUCAGACAACUUUAAGCUUAUCAGCAGAUGAAAAGGGAUUUACGGAAUGCAAGCAAUGCAACAUGCUUUAUAACCCCUUACACAAGCAAGAUGCAAAAUUCCACGCCAAGCGUCACGCAGCAAUAUUGAAGGCAAAAUCGGAUCAGCAUGAUAACGACACGUCGGGUUGAGCGUCAUAGUUCACGAAGUUACCUCCUAUUUAUUUGCCUACAAUAAGACGAU